CAAUUCCCUUUGAGAAUAAGAAAUGUAUGCCAAAUCUGAGGCCAGAGACACUGGCAAGCCAUUUGGUCUCCAGUGGAUGGAUUCUAGCUAUCAAGAGACUCUGUUGACGAACUCACCUUGGAUGAAGGUCGAGGAGCUGUUAAAUAAAGGGCUUGCAGACAAGAUUCUGAGACAAAUUGACCAUGCUGAUAGAAGGGAGAUGAUUUUUCAACUGCUUGGACCAGAAUUUGUCCAGAAGCAUUUCCCAGACUAUGAACAAGAUGCUGCAGUUUUGGAUCCACCUGCAAUGUCCAAGCAUGAAAGAGAUAAACUGCAGAAAGAGGCCCAGUCCUGGCUUCAAAAUCAGCUGAAGAAAACAGCCAGCGAGACUCGAUGCCAUAGACCCAGAGCUGGGGAGGAGGCAGAAGAGGAGCCCUGUCCAGAGAUGAUUGAGUUUCUCACACAUACUUACCAGUUGUUCAGCAAAGGCCUGGAGAGGGAGAUGUACCUACAGGAGAAAGAACUCACACAAAAGAAGUUUGACGACCUUACCCAGAAGAAAGCCCAAGCACCUGCUAAUACCAUGCCACCCAAAGUCUCCAGCUUGUUUCAUCCUCUAAGUGCAAACAGUGAUAGUACAAUUCAUUCGGAGAAGCCAUCUACAUCAAAUAUUAAGGCUAAUCUGCACAAAGUCUCUGGGGAGCCUCCUACCUUCUGGGGACCACAGAGUGACCUGAUGGGCACUGCUCUGAUUGCCACACUGAAGAGAGACCCCCGCAGGUUUGAAGAGGUGUCUCGCAGACUACAUGGCCGUCAGUUGCCUGGUGGACUGCGCUGUUACAUGUGGAUAGAUGUGCUUUUCAGAGCCGAAAGACAGAAAAUGAAGGAUUUGAAUGUUGAGAAGAUUGUGAGAGAACGCUUUGGCAAAGCAGUUGCCAGAGGUGUUGGUGAGCUCCGCAUCAAAAGGGCCACACAUUCCCCAAUCAAUGGACUGAUAGAAAAUGCUGUUAUCGAGAUUUAUGAAACUACACCCAGUAUGAUGCCAUUUAAUUAUGAACUCCACUUGAAGGAAUCUGCCCGCAGUCUGAAUGUACUUUAUGUGUAUGACAGACGAUACGAACCAUAUCUGGUACAUUGGCUGUUUCCAAUGCAGAUUGCAUUUAGAGAGCANGAUUAUUGUGUGGGGUUUGUGAGUGUGUUGGACACCCAGGCAGUGCUGCUGAUCUGGGACCAGUGUUUCAUGCAGGGCUGGGGGAGCUCUGUACUGCAUGACGUCUGCUUGGCAUUGUUGUUACUACUGAAACACAAGUUCAUGGAAGCCACAGACUAUCAUUCUAUGAAAAAGGUAUUUCUGAAAGAGCCCUGCAAGCUGUACACUGUAGACAUUCAGAGAGCCUGGAUCCACCUACAGAAUGGAGGCAAUGCUGAAGAUGUGCCAUACAUGAACAGACAGAGGCCACAGUCUCCUGGUCCAGUGGUCAAGUCUGCCCCCAGCAGAGUGGUCAGGUCCCCCAGCCCCUCCACCACCUCUGUGGUCCCUCUGCCUCCUGUGGGGAUUAAACAUAUCAGAAUCAAACUCAUAUUUUCUGCAGAUGUACAGGACAGGGUUGAAUGGCUGGCUGAUUUUGACCCCUCUGCAAUCAAAGUCCUUGCAGGUGUGUUUUUUGGCAGUAUAAGAAUCAGUGCCAGGUGGUCCAGAACUUUACCCACAUGUCGUGGUGUCACUGCAGACAAAUAUGGCAGCAAGGUGUACACAAUAGACCUUCUCCAGGAAAAAUUUGAAUUUGUUGAUAUGGAUGCCACUAAUUUGGACGUGGAGAGGGAAAUGGGAGGAUUCCCUUAUGCUGUAGUUAGGGUGGAGUAUGAUGCACCAGGAUCAAGUAAUGGAAAUAGCAGAGUAUCUUUAGGUUGGUCAAGAAUUCCACUAUUCCAACAUAGCAGUCAGGACAGCCAGUCAUUGCCACAUUUGUGGGAGCUUCUGGAAGGAGAGUAUUCCUAUACUCUCUACUCUGGUCCAGUNUAA